CUGAAUUUUAUCUGCAAAUGACACAAAGACAAAAAAUUAGACGAACAGCCAAAUAAACAAACAAGUAGACAAGCCAACAAGCAUGCAAAGAAAACAAGUAACAGAAAAAUUUCAUCGGGAUUAUUGCGUUGUAUUCUAUAGCCAUAACAACAAAAGAUAUUACGACAAGAGACUUGAUAAUAAAAAUGGCAGGACAUGCAAGAUGCUCUCCAUCUUGCUUAAGCUGGCCAUGAUAAUUGCUCACCUGUUUGGAAACACUGAAUAAUUCAGCCACGAAUCAUUGCUAUGACCUUGAACUACCGCUCAUUAAUUCCUAAGAGACAGGUGCAUAGGAAAUGUUCGAUUCUGCUCUCUGCUACUUCAAUGGUGUUGUGGAUAAACUUUUUGACGAAGAUAAAAAUCAGGUUCCGAAUCAAAUUUCAUUUGUUGAUGGAAGCACAAGACUUCAUCACACAAUGUAGCAAACUUCUUCGACGAAGACCAUACAUCAUUAUCAUGCUCUAAUUAGAGUUUAAUGCAGUUCAAGGCUUCAUUGGUCAUCUGAUCGUAUAUCCCUCUGAAGUUGAUUAUUGUUCUGUUAUAUUAAUCAACUGGAAUCAGGAAGACUACAAGUGAAAAAUAUUGUCACAGAGAAUUCGUUUGAGAUAUGGAUAAAUGAGACUUGUGUUGUUAUCUUGGAUUUUUCUUAGUCAACAGGACUGCAUGCUUUUUUACGCUAUUUAUGUUUUAUGUUAAUGGGAAAAGUCCGCUGAAAAUUGAUUAUCCUAGAAAAGACAGGUUUGAUGGCAAUUGAAGACAGUACUCUUGUCUAACGAAAUCGAGCGCUUUAAACUGGAAAGCAUUAAACCUAAAGCUAGCCAUUCACAGCCGGAUAUUAAAUUCUCGAACGACCAAUGCUUUCGACAUGUACUUGAAGUUUUUCAACUAAAGAUUCCGUUUCUUUUCAAUUUACUGAGUUAAAGGCCCAGUUAGUUAGAUGUGUAGGACGAGCAAAUCGCAUAUCUGAAAGUUUGUAAUUCCGCCUGAUACCAACGGUAGCGCAGUAUGGAGCCUUCGUAGCUGUUGGCCACUGACGUUUCUUCUUGAAUAAUGAAACUUCGGCUUUAAGCGUAGCAACUCAGAGAUCCUCCUGUCUCAAAAAGGUGAUCAGUCAUAGAGCUAUGAUUCUAAAGGACUUUGUACUUUUUACAGUCAUGAUGUUUGCUGGCGGUUGUGUUUUCAUGAAUUUAGAAGCAGAACAAGCAAAAAAGGCUCUGUCUCCGAACAAGGAGCUAAGAUGUCUCAAAAAUAAAAUUGCAAAGCAAACAAAUUUAUCAGAGAAUUACAUCAACAUGCUAUUUCGUAGACUGGAGAAAGCAAUCAAGGAAAAUGGAGUUAAAGAGCCAUAUAAGUGGAAUUAUUAUGAGUCUUGCUUUUUUGUUGGUUCGCUGUUGACAACGAUCGGAUACGGCCAUAUUGCCCCGAAGACUACUGGCGGGCGUAUGUUUACAAUCUUUUUCUGCCUUUUUGGAAUUCCUUUGACGGCCAUAGUUGUUCGUAACUUGAGCAAGAAAAUAACAAAUUUGGUAUUAAAAAUUGUGCAUUUGCUUGUCAAAGCCAAACGGAGAUUAAAGGAGCUGUGUUCCAAGCAGAAGAGACAAAAAACACAACCACAAUGCAGGGAGGAAGACGGCGAAAUGUCAGAAAGAAAAUCAAAAAACAUGAACAACCAGUUCUCUCUGCCAGAUAAAGAAGUAAGGAUCGCGUGUAUAAUCAUGUUGUUAAUACUUGUAGUGAUAUUUCUUCUGCAAUCAGCCCUGUUUAGAGUAAUAUCUGAAGGAUGGACCAUGCAGGAAAGUAUUUAUUUCUGGUUCGUUACCUUGACUACAAUUGGGCUUGGUGACUAUGUGCCUUAUGAUGGUCGACGCCCGAGUUCCUUGGCUGCAACUGUUGUUUACUAUACUGGCACAUUCUACUUGCUGCUUGGCCUCGCCUUGAUUGCCAGUCUUAUACAAAGUGUGUCUUUUGUGAUGGAAGGCAGACUACCAGCAAUCGCUUCUUCGGAACCUCAAGCUGCUGAUGACAGCAAAUGCAUGAAUGAGACAGAGCAAACAAUAAUAGGAGCGACCAAAGAGGAUUCGACGGGAAAAAGUCCAAGGGCAAAAACAGAAAUUAAUUUGAAAGAUGCAGAAAUUUCACAGCUCUGAAAAAAGAGACUGACGACCGUGCACAUGGCAAGUGAAGUUCAGAAUAUGCAUAAAACUAUUGGUAUCUGGUAACAUAAUAAUUCCUCAAUAAUACUGGAACAUAACACAUCUCUGAUCUGGCUGAGGGACAAUAGUUUUGACUUACAUCUGUAGGUAACUGAGUGGACAACCUUGCUGAAAACUAUAGAAAAAAUAUAAAUAAAACGUCUGAAGUUGUGAAACAAAGAAGUUGACAAUUUCUGCGCGCAGAGAGCUAUCCCUUUCUAAUCCACACACAAAAUCCCGAUGUCUACAGCCACUCCAAGCCUACAGCCAUUCCAUGCCCUCUAAGAUCCUUCAGUUAGUCCAAGCCUUUCCAAUUCUCACACCAAAACCCGAUUUUAACUCUUUUUUUGGGCAAAACAAAUAUCAGAAAUACACCAAACAACGUUUCUUACCAUUAAACAAACUAGAAAGUCCGUGAUUCACGUCAAUG